AUGGCUGGAUCGCAAGACGGACACGACGGCCGUCGGCAACGCUCGCCAGCCGAUUCUCCCGAUCGAUCCCGCGAACGACGACGACAGGAUUUACGGUCCGAUUACCAUAAGAGCUCGCGGCGACGCGAUGACAACCGCCGAAACUCACACAGAGACAGUCCUCGGCGCCAAUCCUCCCGCAGUCCAUCAGGGAACGACAGAUCCCGCCGAGAUCGUGAUAGCCAUCGCCGAGACCGCCGUGAACGCUCUACAAGUGCCGCCGACGAGGAUCGCAGGAGGCACAGCCAUCGCAGCCAUCGACACCGCGAAGACCGUGAUGGAGAGCGGUCUUCCAGAAGACAUAAGAGUCCACGACGACGCUCACGUUCUCCACGACGAUCACCUAGCCCACCCAAGGAGAUUCAGCGGCGCGGCCCGCUCCCAUCGCAAUCAGACGCAUUCUCAAACGAAUUGACACAGACUGGUGAUGGACCUCCGCCACCAGAGAGAGAGAAGCCGAAUUUCAGAAACACGGGCCGCCUUGCGGCGGAGAGUAACAGGGUCCAGGUUGAAGGACGCGAUGGAGGAAUCGUCUUGAAAUACCAUGAGCCACCAGAGGCACGCAAACCACCAUCCAAGGAGCCCUGGAGAAUGUAUGUCUUCAAGGGAGAGGAUCUACUGGAGAUGGUGGAACUCGGUGGACGCAGCUGUUGGCUGGUUGGCCGUGAACAGGCAGUGGUGGAUUUCCCUCUCGAGCAUCCCAGCUGCUCCAAACAACAUGCCGCGCUCCAGUUCCGCUAUGUCGAGAAGAGAAACGAGUAUGGUGACCGCAUCGGCAAGAUCAAGCCCUAUAUCAUCGAUCUGGAGAGCGCCAACGGAACCAGUGUCAAUGGCGAGUCCGUUCCAGCUGGCCGCUAUAUGGAGGUCAUGGACAAGGAUGUGAUUAAAUUCGGACUGAGCUCACGCGAGUACGUGAUUAUGCUACCGAGCUGA